AUGUCUACACCUUUGCCAAACCCUCCCUUCGUCUUCCCAGCACGAGACCACGACGAACCAGACAAGCAAGAUUUAGAUACAACAACAAAUGGCCGACCGCCUCUUCCAGCCUUUUCGUUCAAUCCAGGUUCGGUGGGCUCGAACCAGGCGCCAGCGCCAGCGCCUUCUAAUAGCCGUAUGAGCGGGCAUCGUCGGCAGUACAGUGAGUUCGUUGGUGGUGACCAGCUGAUUAUUCCUGGGAAUACCGCCGCUGGCCAGACAAGCGAUGAGACUCCAAUGGCACCCUUAAAGUUGCCUCCACCUGGCCCUGGUUUUAGUGCAGGCGGCAGGCGCCGGCACGCUCAUAGACGCUCAGCGGCUAUUUCCAGUGUCGACCUUACGGCUAUUUCGAAUGCCCUCGACCUCAAACCUUACGUCGAGAGCGCCCCUUGCACAUCGGCGGAUAUGACGCGGGAGCGUAGGCCGUCUCUCGAACCGUCUCAGCUAUUACCCCAUUCAGCGACUGUUCUGUCUCGGCCAACACCUCCAGCAUCGCCCCAGUUAAACCUGAAUGAAGCGUCUCCAAGUUCGCAAAUUCCCAAGAAUGAGCGACUCGAGAACCCACGUCUGUGUACUCCGACUUCAUUCCUUGCGCCUGAAUCUCAAAAUGCAACGCGCUCGAGUGUUCUCGCUCGAAAGAGUGAUACCGCCAUUACUUCACCCAAGGCCGAAUCUUCAGCUGCUUCCCAGCAACCUAGGCCUAGACCUAGAACUGCGGAUGCUUCUUUGAUGCUCGAACUGAGCGGAAGCACUAUGACUGAUAACUCCUCACCAACCAAGCGGCCAAACUCGGCGGCAGGCCAUUCUCGUUCACAUAAAAGCAUGUCCUCUAACCUUCUUAUUGCGGCUUUCAGGAAGAGUCAUGCUGAGGACGACGGAUCUUUCCCGCCAAGGAUAUCUUCCUCAGACGAUGAAUCUGACGCCAACGCCGAUGAUGUGCAUGAGGCAUCGGGCUCGCCUUCGUUCACUUCGAAAAAGAAGGAAAAAAGCAAAAAGAGGCAAAAGAAGGUUCGGUCUUGGGCUGGGUCUCUUCUAAUCAAGAAAGGAAAAUCACACGAUUCGAAGAAAGACGACAUAGAGAGCAAUUCUAAUAAAGUAACUCCUCCUGCACUUACCCGAACAAACUCGGAUUUCGGCUCAGGCUUGGAUGUGGAAUUCGACGAUGACAAUAUUGUCGUAAUUCGGACACCUACCAACCCUGCGCAUCCCGACUCCAACCAGACCACCGGUGAGACUGAAUCGUGGGCAUCUCUCGAGAACUCGUGGAAACCACGAAGCUUCUAUGAGCAGGUUACGACGCCCGAUACUACGAGUCCUGUGAUUGAUCUGGAUGCGGCCCUUGGACCUUUUAAUACGCCCGAUCUACGCUCCGGUCGUGUUCCAGAAAGCGGUUUCUCUGCAGCAACUAAGCGAAUGUAUAGUGGCGGACGGCGCGGCGAGUUUGUUGGCCCAGAAAUGCGGUAUCACCGGCGUGCUGAAAGCGCACCGGAAAUGCCUCCGUUCGAUCGAGCGUUUCUUGGGAGCCACCGCUUUCCAACUACCUCUUCCUUGGAGAAUCCAGACGUCUUCUAUGAAGAGGAGGAGGAUGCCUUCUUAGCAGCCACUAGUGAUUCCGGUAAAGAUAGCGAAGAACAUUUACAAGAUCAAGCUACUCUCACGGAAUCCAAGGACGAUAAGUCAGAAGAAAGUGCAGAGAGCUCUGACACUCUGACUGGAAAAGCUACAGAUGAAUCCGCCAGCGGAGAGAAUACAGGACUUGGGAUCCAGAAUCCCGAUGCAGGCGAUGCAACAUCAGCUACUGUCGCAACCCCAUUCCAAGGCCUCUUCAAAUCGGAUCAACGGUUCUACUCCAAUCAGCCUGGAAAUUUGACAACGUCGUUCCCUAGCCAGCUUAAAACAGGCCUGGAACCCGCCAAAUAUGACGAGUGGCAAAGGAGAGCGCCAGUCCCUCCUAGCCCAGAGGUUUCCCCGCGUUUCUUACCUGCUGAUAGUCGGCCUGUGACGUCUCCCACUGAACUAUGCGCGAUCCCCCCGUUUUCUCUUCAAGGUGGCGCCUCCCACCCUAAUUCUUCGUUCCCAUCUUCCGAAUUCACCCCUUCCCCGGAAGCUCCUCGUUCAAUAACUACGUCAUCGACUACCGAUCCGUUUCCUCAUGCAUCUAUUGAGGACGUGCCUUCACUGACUAGUAGCGCCUCCACAAUGACGAAUACCCUAAAUCGUGUUUCUGCAACUUUCUUCACACGACCUCGUCUAUCGACGGAUCGUUCUGCAUCGUUUUCUGCUGCUGUUUAUCGUCGAUCUAGCCAACCUACCUCCAAACGGUCGAGCCUUGCAAGUCUCUCUAAACUUGUUGUAGGGCCGCACGCCGAAAGAAGCAAGUUGAGUCAUGAGGAGAAGCCACCGGGCGAUGAACGGGAGAAGGCUAAGAAGAAGGGUCGCCGAAUUAGUCGAUUGAUGCAUUUCUGGCGGAUAAAGGACAAAGAGAAGUUGGAUGAACUGGCUGACCAGGAUUAGCUGCGUUCAUAGCGAAAUGCUGUUUGCAGAAAAAAAUCGACAAUUGUACAUAGUAUCCCCA